AUGUCAGCCGAAGACGACAAUCAGAAGGUGUUUCAGGGCACACCGAGCGAAGAUGUGCGCCUGGAGAACUUGGGAUAUGAGCAAGAGCUCAAACGCUCUUUUGGCCUGGUCAGCAUGAUUGGCUUCAGCUUUAGUGUCGUGACAUCAUGGACUGCAUUGAGUGGUGUUUUCAUCGUCGGUGUAUCUUCCGGUGGUCCCCCGGUAAUGGUUUUCAGUUUUAUCGGCGUGAGUCUGUUGACUUUGGCUGUCGCAAUUCCCAUGGCAGAGAUGUGCUCGAUGUACCCGGUAGCAGGCGGACAAUAUUCUUGGGUCGCAGCACUUGCUCCGCCAAAAAUUGCUAGAGGUCUCUCUUAUGUGACGGGAUGGUUCAUGUUGAUCGGACUCCUUGCAAUGGGCGCUACCAACAAUUCGAUCGCCUCCAACUUUGUGCUAGGCAUGGCCAACCUGUGUUUUCCCGAAUUCGAGAUCCAAAGAUGGCAAACAGUACUCGUUGCCUACCUCGUCGCUUUCCUCUCCACUGCCGUCAAUCUCUGGGGGUCACAUUUCCUGCAUAAGAUCUCCAAAGGAAUUCUAAUCUGGAAUGUCGCAUCCUUCGUCAUUGUCACCGCCACGAUCCUUGCGAUGAAUGACCACAAGCAGCCCGCCUCUUUCGUUUUCCAAGACUUCCAAAACGGCACUGGAUUCGGCACUGGGAUGGCUGCAAUCAUCGGUGUCCUCCAGGCUUGCUUUGGCAUGUGCUGCUAUGACGCCCCCUCACACAUGACCGAGGAAAUGAAGUCCGCUUCAAAAGAGGCUCCCAAAGCUAUAGUUCUGGCCGUGGUUCUGGGUGCUAUCACUGGAUUUGCUUUCCUUGUCACUCUCUGCUUCUGCAUCGGCGACAUUGAGACUACUGCGAACACCAGCACAGGUGUACCCGUAAUUCAGAUCAUCUACGACUCGACCAGAAGCAAAGCAGCCACUUGCGUCUUGACCACUCUCAUCUCGGUCAUUGUCAUCGUUGCCGGAAACAACAUUCUUGCCGAAGGAUCUCGCUCGGUCUACGCAUUUGCCAGAGAUAAUGGACUCCCCUUCUCCAAGUUCUUCAGCAAAGUCGAAAGCAAGACUCACGUUCCCGUCAACGCCGUGCUGCUGACCCUCGCCGUGCAACUUGCCCUCGGUGCCAUUGAAUUCGGUACUACGACGGGUUUCCAGACUGUCAUUGCCAUCUCGACCGAAGGAUUCUACUUGUCAUACGCGAUGGCCCUCCUCAGUCGCUUGCUUGGCUACUACACCGGCCACGCCACCAAGCUCGACGGACCCUGGUCGUUCUCAGUACCGGUGUCGAUCGCACUUAACGUCAUCGGUCUCCUAUUCCUCCUCUUCGCCGCAAUCACUUUCAACUUCCCUAGUGAAAAUCCGGUCAGCCACGAGUCGAUGAACUAUACAAGCGCUGCCAUUGGAGUCGUUGCUCUUAUUAGUAUUAUUACUUGGAUUACAACGGGGCGCAAGCAGUUCUCGGGACCGGGUGCGGUGAGCUUCUUGAGUGGCCAGAAUACUGCAGCUCCACAUGCGGGAACGGUGGAGCGUGUGGAUGAGAAGACUUGA